AAGAGAAGGCGGCCCCCCUCUCUCGGCCCGGCCAUCUUGUGGGAAGAGCUGAAGCAGGCGCUUUUGGCUCGGCGCGGUCCGCUGCAAUCCGUGGAGGAACGCGCCGCCGAGCCACCAUCAUGCCUGGGCACCUACAGGAAGGCUUCGGCUGCGUGGUCACCAACCGAUUCGACCAGCUAUUUGACGACGAAUCGGACCCUUUCGAGGUACUGAAGGCAGCAGAGAACAAGAAAAAAGAAGCCGGCGGGGGCGGCGUUGGGGGCCCUGGGGCCAAGAGCGCGGCUCAGGCCGCGGCCCAGACCAACUCCAACGCGGCGGGCAAACAGUUGCGGAAAGAGUCCCAGAAAGACCGCAAGAACCCGCUGCCCCCCAGCGUCGGCGUGCCUGACAAAAAGGAGGAGACGCAGCCGCCGGUGGCGCUUAAGAAAGAAGGAAUAAGGCGAGUUGGAAGAAGACCUGAUCAACAACUUCAGGGAGAAGGGAAAAUAAUUGAUAGGAGACCGGAAAGGCGAACACCUCGGGAAAGAAGAUUUGAAAAGCCACUUGAAGAAAAGGGUUCUGAAGGUGGUGAAUUUUCAGUUGAUAGACCGAUUAUUGAACGGCCUAUCCGAGGCCGAGGUGGUCUUGGAAGAGGUCGAGGCGGCCGUGGACGUGGAAUGGGCCGAGGCGAUGGAUUUGAUUCUCGUGGCAAACGUGAAUUUGAUAGGCAUAGUGGAAGUGAUAGAUCUUCUUUUUCGCAUUACAGUGGCCUGAAGCAUGAGGACAAACGUGGAGGUAGCGGAUCUCACAACUGGGGAACUGUCAAAGAUGAAUUAACAGAGUCUCCCAAAUACAUUCAGAAACAAAUAUCUUAUAAUUGCAGUGAUUUGGAUCAAUCAAAUGUGACUGAGGAAACACCUGAAGGUGAAGAGCACCCAGUGGCAGACACUGAAAAUAAGGAGAAUGAAGUUGAAGAGGUUAAGGAAGAGGGUCCAAAAGAGAUGACUUUGGAUGAGUGGAAAGCUAUUCAAAAUAAAGACCGAGCGAAAGUAGAAUUUAAUAUCCGAAAACCAAAUGAAGGUGCUGAUGGACAAUGGAAAAAGGGAUUUGUUCUGCAUAAAUCAAAAAGUGAAGAGGCUCAUGCUGAAGAUUCUGUUAUGGACCAUCAUUUCCGGAAGCCAGCAAAUGAUAUAACGUCUCAAUUGGAGAUCAAUUUUGGAGACCUAGGCCGCCCAGGACGUGGUGGCAGGGGAGGACGUGGUGGCCGUGGCCGUGGGGGCCGUCCAAACCGUGGCAGCAGGACUGAUAAGUCAAGUGCUUCUGCUCCUGAUGUAGAUGACCCAGAGGCAUUCCCAGCUCUGGCCUAACUGGAUGCCAUAAUACAACACUGGUUCCUUUGUGGACCCUCCUGUUCAAAGCUUUUGCAUGCUUAAGGAUCCCAAACAACUAAGAAUUAAAAAAAAAAAAGACUGUCAUUCAUACCAUUCACACCUAAAGACUGAAUUUUAUCUGUUUUGAAAAUGAACUUCUCUAGCUACACAGAAGUAACAAAUAUGUUAGUCAGUUUUGUAUUUAGAAAUGUAUUGGUAGCAGGGAUGUUUUCAUAAUUUUCAGAGAUUAUGCAUUCUUCAUGAAUACUUUUGUAUUGCUGCUUGCAAAUAUGCAUUUCCAAACUUGAAAUAUAGGUGUGAACAGUGUGUACCAGUUUAAAGCUUUCACUUCAUUUGUGUUUUUUAAUUAAGGAUUUUAGAUGUUCUCUCAAUUACAAGCUGGUUUUAAAUAUUAGACACAAUACUGGUUUUAAUAUCUGCUUUGCAUUUUCACACAUGGUCAGCUGGGACAUGUAAACUUUCUGAAUUACCAGAUUUUAUGCUGCGUGAAAUACUAACCACUAUGUAUUUUAACUAUAUAUUUUUAUUUGGGAGUUGAAUUUUUUUUCCCACAACUUAUGAUAGCUGAUAUAUACUAAACCUUUAUACAGAAUUCUCAGUACUUGAAUGAAUUCAAAACACAUUGGUUUAUUAACUCUUGGCUCAUGCAUGGUUUAUUAGGUUCAAAUUAUAUCUGAUUCACCUAUAUUUACUUUUAAAAUGUGUGGCUUCCCCAUUUUAAAAGUAAAACUAAACACUGCUUUUUGGAACUUGUGUAAGCUACUACUUGGUUACAGAUACAGCCUGUGUUCAGUGAAAUAGUUCUGUGGGUGUAGGCAGAGUAAGUUAGUUUGAUAAUGCCUAACAGUUAAACUUGUGUAAAAUAAGAGCCUAGCUAUUUGAUAUUUGUGUGCAAAGGGUUCCCCAGAUCAAGGUGGUUAUCUGUAAUUAACAAUCUUUAUUUUUGAUUUAUACAAACCAAAGGGCACUCAUUGGUUAGUAUGCUGAGAUGGAAAACUAUCUUGUACUAUUUCAAAACCAGCUUUACUUAGUUUAGAACAACAACACCAUACAUAAAAUACAAAACAAUAUCUUGUUUAUGAACUUCCUAUAUAUUGUUAAUGAUUUUGUCCUGGGUUGAUAGACAGAUGUUUCACAGAAAGUAUUAUAAGUUUCCAUUUCCUCCAUUAGAAAAUUAGGUAAUUAAUGGAUUUUUGAACAGAAGCAUCGCUGCUUAUUAAAAAGUAUGUACACAGAAUUAUCAAAAAACAAGUUUUCUAGGAUAUUUUUAUUCACAUUUAUUAAUUAACCAGGGAAGGAAUUUUAUUCAAAGCUUUUAAGACUUGUCAGUUGUCAGGAGUUUUUUUUUUGUUUGUUUUUGUUUUUUGUUUUUGUUUUUAAAUCUGUUGUAAUUUUAGAAGUAGUGGAGAAGACGGUUUUUAUGUACACAUCUAAAUGAUAUAUAAUAAUUUAGUUAUUCAUCUAAUUGCAUUUACUUAUCUGGUGCCAGCAAGCCUGACAGCUUGAAAAGAAGGCAUUUCAUUUUUUAAAUAGACUUGUGCUGCUAAUUAUGCUGCACAAGUUGUGUACUAAUGCUGAUGGAUGAUUCCUGACUUUUCACAUGUUAAGACACCUCUCCAGAGGUAAGGGUUAGCCCAUGUGGACUUGUUGGCCCUUUGAGAGUGCAGCAUAUGCACCUGUAAGUCAGUAUGUUUAAGCUUUCAAGUAUCUUAAUUGACUUUUUAAUAGUAACACCUUUAUAAAUUCAGAUUUCCAGCAACAUGUUGCAGAAAACGCCUCCUCUUAGAAACACAGGUUUUACUGAGUCACUGUCAGCAGAAAGUAGUGGCAUUUGCAACAUUGUUGCAAACUUUCAAAGUAGGUUGAAUUUGAAGAGGUAGGUCUAUUCUUCCUGAUACCUGUGAGUUUGCUUUCAGGUUCACUUUUAUGUGAAGAACUGAACGUAGACUUUCUGUUUAUUGAAAAUAACAAUUUGCAUGUUUAUUUCCUGAAAGAUAAAAAAGCAAUCAAGUGGGAGCCCCUUUUUAUAUGUUUCUUGGCUUCCCAUUUUCUGAUCUUUGUGCACUGUCAAGAUAAUGCUACUUUUAAGAUUUUGAAUGUUUAGAUAUCAUGUAAGGUUUUAAAUGAACCGCUAACUCCUAUGCGACGAAUACUUAAUGACAAAGUUGGGGAAGUUAGUACAAUAAUUUCAAGAGUAGAUAUAAUAGUUUGCCUAAAUGCUUUUAAAUAUAAAUGGUGUCAGUUGAAAUUUUUAGGAUAGUUCCAGCUUGGAUUGACGAAAGAAUGAAAUUUAUUAGUUGAAUAGUAUUUGGAGUUUUUCAGAGAUCUUAAAUGUACCAGCAGGUACUACAGUUCAUUUUAUUCAGUUCAAGACACGUAAUUUCCAGAGUUGUGAAUGUAUUUGGGUUAUUUUGGGUAUGGGUUUGGAGAGAUUAUUACAUAUUCCUUCCUUCUGAUUGUUAUUUUUAUAAUUAAUAGAGAUGAUUGAUGAAAUAGAAAAAUGUUAUACUUAGUUUGCAAGUGCAGUGUAAGUAUUUUGUGUUGAAUUUUUAAAAACGUCUUCAGAGCAUUAGCAGGUGAAAGAAACCAGGUAUUAAAAGUUAAAAAUGAGAAGCUGCCAGAACUUUACCCAUGUUGACUCUAAAGGUAAGAAAAUGCAGGCAUAUCUGGACAGGUGGCCCAACACUGAACUAACUGGUAUAGUAUACCUGUGAUGCAUACUGUUUUGCUUCCCCUUCCCUACUACUUUGGUGCUGGGUAUCUGCUGGACAAGUAUGCUGAGCUAUAACCACAGUACCACAGUAAAGGAAAAGUUUAGUGAAAAUAUUCUAGCCCAAACCUUGUGAUCAUAGCGAGAUUAAUAUGUAAAUGUUAAAUCUGAAUGUCAUAUCUUCACAUUAACUAAAAGCCCAGAAACCAGACUACUAGUAUGCUUUGGAGAGUAUCACUAAUAACAAGACAGUAAAGUAUUACCUUAUUGAACACCCUUAGUAAUUUAUCUGCAUCGGCAAAACCAGUUGUCGGGUGUUUUUUAAGGUUGAUUUGACGUGCUAGGGAUUUAUGUAUUCUAGGCUCAUGUUUUGCCACCAAGCAUUCCUUAACAUGAGUUGCCAGGUUUUGUUGGGAUAAAUUUAGUUGGCUGCUUUCUGAAGUGUGAGUGGGGUUUGCUAGCUUUGUCCUUCCUGACUGUCUGCUGUUCCUGAUCAUCCCAGGCCAGAAUGUAAAUGCUCCUUUAAAAUAAAAGUUUACCUCUAUGUA